AUGGAGCAGCGGAGAGUUCAGGUUCAGCUGAUCCCAUCGGCUUUGUGGCGACCACCGGAGGAAGGAAAAUUCAAGGUGAAUACAGAUGCGGCGAUAGAUUUAAAUAAUAAGAUGGCAGUUGCGAGCAUGGUUAUCAGGGAUCAUGCGGGCAUGGUGCACAAGUUGGGUACCAAAAUGUUCUCAGGGAUAGCAUGCAUGGAGAUGGCUGAGCAUCUGGCUAUUUGGAGUGGACUCGGCAUUUGCAGCAGUGUGAUAGAUCAUCGUCAGUUGAUUGCAGAAGACAUUGUGGCUUUGGGAAACAAGGUAGAUGAAAUCAUGUUUUCUCAUGUUAGACGAGACGGUAAUCGAUUAGUGCAUUCUUUAGCUAAUGGGGUUUGCAAAAUAGAAUAG